CACCUUACGCGCGAUUGGGUCUCCACCUCCUUCCAGGUGCGUAGCUGUGACACACCUGGAAGAGGUACUGGCACCAGUAAAACCGGACCACUGGCUCCGCUUUAUGCCCUGUCAACUCCAAGUAAUCCGCUUUUCCAGAUAUGUCGGUGCUCUGUCGCGAUUGUAGUUUAACAUGGUCUGAUUUACAUUACGCGCAAUGAAUGUCACAUGGGGUUUGCUGACGGUUUUGAGUCUGGUGUGCCACACGGAGUCGAGGUGCUCACCGACCUCUUAUUAUAAGAACUGCUGGAUCCGACGCUUUCCUGGGAUUUUCAUCGAUAUCGAGGAGUCUCAGAGGAGAGGAGCGCAGCUUCUGAAGUAUUACCAGGAGGACACGGCGCUGAAAUGCAGCCGCACCUGUUGCCUUACGCGAAACUUUUCCUGUAAUCUGGCCAUAUUUCACUAUGACACCACUCAAGAAAACUGCUUCCACCUGCACUGUCCAACACUGGAGAGCUGCAUUCUUAGCCACAGAAGCAACGUUGUUCUGUACAAUAUCACAAAGGGCGUGGAUCCUGACCUGUUGGUGUUUGGAAAAUACUUCACCUCCAAUGUCCGCGUGUUACCCCAUCACUAUCGAGGCAACGCCUCAGAUCCGCUGCCCUCAGACAAACGCCAGUUCAUUCAUCCGCCUCAGCCCGCUGUACUGCCCCUAACUUCAGCACCCACAGUUAAACCCCCCACCACAGCAAGCAGAGCGCUCACCACCACCACCACCACCACCACUGCUUCCCUGACCAGUACGCAGCAGAGCACCAGUCAGCCUUCAACAGUUCCCACAACUACCGUUGCCCUAUCUUCCACUCCAGAGACUCCACUAGCUUCAGAGAACCAUGCACAAACAAUAACCCCGACCACCUUCACCACAUUUCUUACACCCAGCCUUACUACGCCUCCUUCAUCCACCACGGCAGCCGCCUUUAGAACUUACAAUCCCACAAACACUCCUGCCUUAUCAACCACAACUGAACAGCCCUCCACAUCCAAUGCCUACUACCCAACCACCACCUUCUCUCUGCCGGCCACCAGCCCUCCAACUCCAACAACAGCCCUUACGGGCAAUUUAGAGAGCAGCAAGCAAAAUCUCAAUGACACCAAAGUCAACCUAGGGAGGAACCACACUGCAGGCAGUGAGGGCCAAGGUAUCAGCGCAGGUGACACCUAUGGGGAACUGGGACCUGGGUGGCAUGUGGCUGCUCACACCUUGCUGGUUGCAGUGGCCAUCUGUGUCACGGUCCUGCUGAGCUGCUGUUGCUCCAUCCUGCUGGUCGUGAGCUGGAGGGGUCAGAGGAAGAGGAUGGGACGCUACCGAACAUCGUGGAGAGGGAAAAGAGGCUCCAUGCGUCUGAUAAAGUAUGUGCUGGUCAGAGAGAACACCUGAAAGUCCGGUGUUUAAAAAGUGAGCUGGAGCUGACAUUUGUCUUUUGUUUACAGCAGUGUUUUUGAUGAAGGGAUCCAGGAGACAUUUGACAAAUUGGAAAAAAAAAUAAAAAAUUUACCAUUAUAUUUUUGUAAGAUAGCUUUUGCAUACUGGAUUAUUUUAAUAAUAGAAGGGGACAUUGCUCUAUAUCGCUUUAUUUUAAGCAGAUUGGGAUGAAAAUGUUACCGUCGACUGACGCAUUGUGGUUCCAAUCCUAUACAAUUAAACUGAACAGGCAGAGGUAUUUUAUGGCUUAGAUGAGAUUACCAAAUACAUAGUUGCCAUGAUUUUGGUUUUCCUUGUGACGCAUUGACUUUGGACAGAAGAGCUGAACUCAGCCAAUGCGUUUGACCGCAGCAAUUUGCCUCAAGAAAGACGAUAUGAUGUCCAUUUGGCUGACCCACAUUUUGAUGUACUUCAAUGAGUUCAAACCAAUGUUGAUGCCAAACCUCAAGGACUUUGGCCUGUUGUCUACAUUGGUCUUAAGUGGGACUUAAUGGGCUCUUCCAAGAAAAAAAAAAAAGAGAGAGAGAGUGAGCGAGAGCUACAAUUCAAGGGGUUGUUCAGUUCGUCAACAAUGUGCAAUGAUGGGACUACUUUUUGCCUUGUGGCCCUUCAGUGUUUAACCCCCCCAUACAGUCCAGCACAUCUCUCCAGUGCAUUGGGUUUCUUCUGACCUAAAAGUAUACGGACCACAGACCAAAACUCCUUAAGAAGGUUGAUGUACUUUUUCAACAACCUGCUGCUGAAAGCAUCCUUUCACUGGGGUG